AUGGCUAACAAGGAGCAAAAUCCACCGGAAAGUAAAUACGGAGUCAAUCUGGACCGUGAGCAGUUCUGCUGUUCAGUUUGUCUGGAUCUGCUGAAGGACCCCGUCACCAUCCACUGUGGACACAGUUACUGUAGAAGCUGCAUUGAGAGUUGCUGGGAUGAGGAAGACGAGAAAGCAGAAUACAGCUGCCCUCAGUGCAGGGAGACCUUUCGUCCAAGGCCUGCUCUGAAGAGGAACCACAUGCUGGCCGAGGUUGUAAAGAAGCUGAAAAUGAGGUAUCCCCAACCCCUACCUCCUGCUCUGAACCUUGCUGCCAUGCCAGACCUCACCUGUGACUUCUGCGUGCUGAGACAAAACCAGGCCACAAAGUCUUGCUUGACGUGCUUGGCAUCUUACUGCGAUGAACACGUUGAGCCUCACUACAUUAUCCCCGUGUUGCAGAAGCAUGAACUGAUCUCGGCUACAAUCCCAAUAGGGAAGAAGGUGUGUGCCCAGCAUGGAAAGUUGAUGGAUCUCUACUGUCGGACAGACGAGGAGCUCAUCUGUACUGAGUGCACAGUGGAAAAACAUGAAAGUCACAGAUUUGUGUCCAUACUGGAGCUAGAGGAGACAACAAAGAAACGCCUGGAGACAGUUCGAAGGCGAGUGCAGGAGAAGGUCCAGCAAAGAGUAGAAGAGCUGGAGAUGCUCAAAGAAGCUGAGAAGAAUGUUAAGAGCAGUGCACAGAUCGCAAAGACUGACUGCGCCAAGAUCUUCUCCGAGUUGAUCUCCUCCAUGCAAAACAGAGGCAGGAAACUGGAGCAGAUGAUCGAAACCCAGGAGAAAAGAGCCGUUGCUCAGGCCAAAGAGCUGAUUCAGCUGUUGGAGAAGGACCUCGCCGAGCUGAGAGGGAGGGACGUAGAGCUGCUGCAACUUUCCAUUGCUGAAGACGUUGCUUACCUGAUGCAGUCCAACUCCAUUUCCGAUGCGUUUCAAGACUUUGAACCAGGCCCUGGUCCUCCACGUUGUUUCACAGACGUCACUGCAUGUGUGACAGAGAUGAAAGAUAAAGCAGAAAUUUUGCUGAAGGAAACAUGGCCCAAGAUCUCAACUACUGUCUCUUACGUUGAUUUCUCCCUACCGCCACCACCUACCAAGAGAGAGGACUUUUUACAUUAUUGGCGUCUCCUUAACCUGGAUGACACAUCAAACUACCCUAACCUCAACCUGAUGGACAACAACUGUAAGAUGAGGCCCUCACCUAUUCCCUAUCCUCCUCAUCCAAACAGAUUUACCAAGUUCCCACAGGUGCUCUGCAAAGAGGCGUUAACAGAACGAUGUUACUGGGAGGUGGAGUGGCAUGCUCGCACCCUGUCUGCGGCUGUGGUUUACGAAGACGCCAACCGAACAUCGGACAAAUCGGAGUUUGGGAAAAAUGACAAGUCUUGGACGUUAGAAUGCUCAGGAAACACAUUGAAGUUUCGUCACAAUAACGUUGAGAUAAAAGUACCAGGUUCUUGCUCCAAAAGGAUUGGUGUGUUCCUGGAUUACAAAGCAGGAAUUUUGAGUUUUUAUCAAGUCUCUGACCCGAUGAUUCUAAUCUUUGAAUUCCGGACCACGUUCACUCGGCCUCUUCAUCCUGGCAUUGGGCUAACCUACGAAUGGUAUGAUACGGGAGUGUUUGCACAGCUGGCUAAAUUGAUAUAGGAGUAGUAGGCGUGGGUGGCAAAAAUGAUUGUAACAGCUUUUCUGUCAGGAAUUUGGAAAGUCUCCAAAAGUGAUAGUUGAAAGGGAAGGAAUAAAUUAGCUCUGUGGAGCAAGACUCUACAGGCAAACUAAAAAUAAACCUACUUUCACUUGGUUUAAUGUCUUUUGAAUCUACCAAUAUUUCCUCAAGAUUAACACCUUAAUUGUUUUUCUUUAAUGUUUUUGAUGCAAAAUCAAUUACACUUCUGAUCAACUUAUAAGAGAAGGAUCAGCAACUCUACUGCCUUUCAAGUCACUGAAAAGUACUUGUUAAAUCUCUUUUAUUUUGUAUGUGGUCAAUGGUGCCACCAACUUAGUCACCAUCACCUUCUCUGCUUUUGUAGGACUAAACUGAAAUUGACAAAGUCAAGUUCCUCAGCAUGUUUAAUGAGUUAAAUUUGGUUUUGGGAAGUAAACAUCUGUCCAACCAAUUAAAUGUUAACAUACCAGAUUUAGUGCAAUGCAUGUUUGAAUGUAGAUUCUGUCAUAAGUGUUUCACCUAAAGAUAAAACACACUACAUUUGUCUCUGUGCACAGUAUUCAUAAAGAAACCAUUCUUCCUCUUUCUCUA